AACUUCUUGUACUGGACUGACUGGAUAGACUACACUGUUUAUCGAGCCAACAAAGACAGUGCUGCUGAUGUCACUGUAUUUGUCACAGGUAUUGGGCAGCCUAUGGACAUACAUGGAUAUAACCUCAGUGAAAAAACAACACCAGGUGAGAGAGCAAUUUUUGUAAUAAGAAGGCACUUCUUAAUAUUUUUUGUUAUUGAUGUUGGUUUUUGUUGCGACGAAAGAUAUUAUAACCUUGAACUCGAGAAAUCUCGAAUUUUGUGGACUGGCUUAUUAGCUACUGUUUAUUACAGAACUGAAGGGGAUGAAAUUUGUCAAGUAUAGGAAAAAGAAAUCUAAAGUUUAGGUCGCAAUGCAGUACAAAGUGCGGACCUUUUGUUACCAAUGAAAGUCAAAUGGUAAAAAUACUGGGCAAAAACAAUCAUAAAUCAAGGAAUUUCUCUGAAUAAAUUUAAAAAAAUUAUGUUUAUGUUGAAGAUGCAAAUUUUUGAACCAAUUGAAUUUACAAGCUCUUUUAUUCCUUUAUUUUUUGACAAACCUUGAUUUUUGCUCUGAAAAUGUCUACAAUGGUGAAAUGUCGUAAAAUGUAAUUGUAAUCACAAUAUUAUGUUUUCGUCGUCGGUUAUUUUAUUUUUGUCGUAGCCAAUGGCAAUUCAAAUUGCUUUGCCAUAUUCACUUACUGCGUUUUUACAUGCAAACUCUUAAGUCACAAAUUAAACAUAAUGUCUAACGUUUAUUUUUCUCGUCACCCUACCGCUCCACCAUGAUUAAUUGAUUUCGAUCAAUUUUGUUUGUCUCGUUUCGUCGUUACUGUGACUGACGGAAGCUAAAAUUGUAACCGUAGUUAACCGUAUGACAGUCUCUCUUUUGGUCCAAAAUCUGUGAAAGAGCGGUAAAGCCCAUUGUUGGUGUUCUUUAUCUUUGAAAUUUCGAAUUGAAAUUAAACCUCUCCAUUGCGCUUAAAAGUUUUGCUUACCCUCCCAGAACAAUUAGCCCGAGAGGAGACGGAUGUAAGGGGGAAUAAGGAUCAUGCAAUUAGAGGAAUACAUCCAACUGAAUUUUUUGUGAAUUACCGAUUACCGUUGGUGGUUCGUUAGCGUUUUAGCGCCAAAAUGUCAACGGCGAAGACUGCAAUUUUAUUGCCAUGAGUCAUGCCUUGGAAGAUUUGAAAAACAAUAAAUAUUGACCAGAGAAUCAUGUGUAAAGGAGAAGUCAGAUGAUAUAUAUAUAUAUAUAUAUAUGCAUAUAUUUUUGUUUUAAACUACUUGGAGGACUGAAUUAUUGAUAAAUGGACUAAAUUUUUUUUCUAGUGCCAGUUUAUUUUCCUUCGUCUUGUGUACAUGACUUUCUGUGAAUGUCACGGCUAAAAAGAAUUGUGAACUGUGCUAAGGGUUGAAGAAAAGCUUGACUCCUAUGCUCCAGCAAAAGCCGUUGUUUUGUCAAGCAAGAUUUAAUUGCUCGCCUACUGGCAAUUUCCUUGCUGAGGUUGUCACUUGGGGCAGCCUUGCUUGGGCUAUAAUCUGCAGUUUGUGGGUUUUUUUAUUUUUGUCGUAGCCAAUGGCAAUACAAAUUGCUUUGCCAGAUUCACUUACUGCGUUUUUUACAUGCAAACUCUUAAAGUCACAAAUCAAACAUAAUGUCUAACGUUUAUGUUUCUCGUCACCCCACCGCUCCACCAUUUUUUUUGUAAUUUAAUCACUGUUUAUUUCAAUUUCUUGCCUUACAAUAAUAACAUUAAUUUUUACAUACAUUAACGACAUUACAAUUUUUAAAAAAUAAUACACAAAGAACUCACACACGCACGCCUAGCACACACGACACACAACGACAGUAUCAAUACUACUAAACCUUAACAAGUAUUUGUCGGCAAUUUUGUACCACCUGUCAAGAGUGCUUGCCAUUUCGAUAGAUGAAAAGACAUUUUAUUCUUCGAUUGGGCAAUGGUAGUUUCUAAUUGAUAAACGUUAUGAGUCUCGCCAAGAAAACCCGUAAACAAGGGUUUGUUUUCGAGCAUCUGCAAUUAUAUAUAUACUGCUUACCAACUAGCAAAAUAUGAUUAAUAAAUAAAUUGUCUUUAUGUGCCUUUAUCUCAAAUAAUAUAUCUUUAGCAGAGAGAUGGUUAAUAACCACCCCCCGAUUGCUACACCAUUUAAUAACUUCUGCCCAAAAACUCUGAGUAAUCAGGCAAGAGACAAAAACGGGUGUUCAAAGGAUUCAUCCGCCCCAACCUACCGAGAACAUCGUGGUGAUGAAGAAAUACCAAUUUUCUUUAAAAAAUCAUUGGUAGCCAGAUAUCUGUGUAACAAUUUAUAUUGAAAUUCACGUGACUUAGUAUCCGCUCCACCAUGAUUAAUUGAUUUCGAUCAAUUUUGUUUGUCUCGUUUCGUCGUUACUGUGACUGACGGAAGCGAAAAUUGUAACCGUAGUUAACCGUAUGUUCAAGUCCAGUUCUGGCCCCUCUCUCUAUGCCACGCGACACCAGGAGAGAAAGGGAUUUGUUUAAUCACGAGGAUGAUUACAGACCGAAUUGGACGACAAGAAGUGCUGUUACCAAUUAAUCAUAACCAUCACAAUUUCCGCGAAAACAAAUGGAUUCUUUACUCGGAAAGAGCUAAUAAUACCAACUAUCCAAAAUAAGGGGAAAUAGCACUGGCAGAGACAUUUUCUAAUGUUACAAAUUCCUCCAUUUUGGAAAAUCUCCCGUUUGGUAGUAGUAGUUUAGUAGUGGUUGUUGCUAUGAUUAUUGUGAUAAAUACCGUGAUUGGUGGAUUUAGCUGAGUGCACUUAACAUGAUUGGCUGAUGGAAGUGUCCGAUUACAGCCAACUGUCUAAUUACACUGUUCCAUUACAACCCUACACAAUAUUUGGUGAAAAAUAAAGCAGUUAAUGCACCAAUAAAAUUGUAGCAAAUUGUAAUUAUUAUGAUUAAAAGAAAAAUUACGUUCGCUUCAGUAAUGAUUAUUACUGUCUUAUCCUUAGAAAAUCCCUGUUCGUCGUCUUUUGGUGGUUGUUCUCAUUUGUGUCUGUUGAGACCCAACGGUUAUCUUUGCUCGUGUCCAGAUCAACUUGCA